AUGAUUUCUGGAAUGUCGGAAGUUGAUGAAUUAGAUGUAAAAAUGAAGCUAACAUCAAUACGGCGAUCUCAACUUGCCGGAUUCUUCCUCGACGUAGUUGAACUAGUUUGGGGAGAACUCGAUACAAGCGAGAAAAAUAAACUUCUAAAAUUUCUCAAAAAGUUAUUCUACACAGCUAACUUUAAAGAAGUCAUUGUGUUGCUAGCAAUCUGUUAUAUUCUUAAACUUAAUCUAAACUGUGACGGAGGCGAUCUGCGAUCCAUCUUCUUGAACUGUGAAUUAUUCAUCAUCUCGGCACUACUUAUCUCGUACAAAUACCUAGAAGAUGAACCAUUUGUCAAUAAAGUAUGUAAAAGUUUGACGUAUAGCUCACUUCAGACUAUCAUGAAAACUGAGUGGCUUUUUAUGGAGAAGUUGGAUUAUAAAAUCCAUAUGACGAAAGAGGAGUUUGAUAAGUUUGUAAUGUAUUUUAAAAAUAAGUUUAAUUUUCCGGCGCAAAUGAAGGAAAAUCCUAUCGUUGUUUGUCGACCACCAACUCCGUCAGUUAAAAACCGUCGAAGCCAACAACCAAAGGGAUCUAACAACUCGUUUUUUGCUAUGGAUCCGAGCAGAUUCCUCCUGGGUGUCGCCAAAUUUCAGAAUAAGGGAUCUAACGACUCUUUUUUGUUAUUGAACCGAGCAGAUUCUUCUUGA